AUGAGGCAGAAGGACUCGCGGGCCCGGCUCACCAGCUCCAUCCUCAGGAACUUGAGGACCAUCAAGUUCCAUGGCUGGGAAGGAGCCUUUCUGGACAGAGUCCUGGGCAUCUGGGGCCGGGAGCUGGGCGCCUUGCGGACCUCCAGCCGCCUUUUCUCCGUGUCGCUGGUGUCCUUCCAAGCGUCUACAUCUCUGCACUGCUGGAAAGGAAGGAGGAGGAUGGACGGUGGGUGGCCACCCUGGGUGCUGAGCUCUUUGUGCCAGGGCUGGCGGGGCUGUGUGCCCUUGGCCUGCUGCAGCAGUGGGGCUGGCUCUGGACCAACUCCCUGA